AUCUCCUGUACUAUGUCCGCAGUCUCUGGUCAUCUCCUGUACUAUGUCCGCAGUCUCUGGUCAUCUCCUGUACUAUGUCCGCAGUCUCUGGUCAUCUCCUGUACUAUGUCCGCAGUCUCUGGUCAUCUCCUGUACUAUGUCCGCAGUCUCUGGUCAUCUCCUGUACUAUGUCCGCAGUCUAUUGUCAACUCCUGUACUAUGUCUGCAGUCUCUGGUCAUCUCCUGUAGUAUGGCUAAUGUGUAAGGUAAAGUCUACGGGCUAUGUCAGCAGUCUCUGGUCAUCUUCUGCACUAUGUCCUCAGUCUCUGGCCAUCUCUUGUACUAUGUCUGCAGUCUCUAGGCAUCACUUGUACUAUGUCCGCAGUCUCUGGUCAACUCCUGUACUAUGUCAGCAGUCUCUGGUCAUCUCCUGUACUGUGUCCGCAGUCUCUGGUCAUCUCCUGUAGUGUGUCCGCAGUC